AUGAGUAAGGACAUCCCCAGCUACGGCAACAUGUCCUUGUAUUCACGACAAUGCACUUCGGAGUUCUACGAGACCGAAGUGCUGACGCUAACGUACGACAACCUCUCCGAGAUUAUAACUACUGACACGGCCGGUGUGGUCACGACGUCUAAACAUUCAAGACCAACAGUGUUGACGACAAUCAUGACAUACGGGAUGAAAGUCGUGCCUCCUAUUUACGUCGACUACCGAAGCGGCGACUUCCCCAUCACAAGCGGGCCGUCAACUUCAUCACCAACACAAACAGUAAGCACUGUGACAUCCGCUGUCGCGGGACAGACAUCAUCAGGAUCAGCUAUGCCCAGUGGCCUUUCCACAGGGGCAAAAGCAGGCAUAGGCGUUGGAAUCUCCACGCUGGUGGUGCUGCUCAGUGUGGGUGCACUGCUCUGGCGGAGAAGAGCACAAAAGGCAAAAGCUGGCCUGGAAGAUCCGAACGGCUCGGGUGGGUGGGCGAAAGCGGAGCUGGGUGCAGAGGAGCGGAACAAGGCUGAACUGGAAGCUCAGGAACAGCAUCGACAGCCGGACGUUUUUCACGAACUUCAUGGCAAUUCCCAGCCAAAAGAGAUGGGCUAA